AUGUGUUCUGAUCCAACUCAGGCCUGGAUCCGUUCUCACCAGUGUUUUCCCGAGGUAGACAGCAGCCUGUCUCUGGAUCACACUGAUGCCCAGUACGUGGACGUGGUUCACACCAACUUCAACCCCAAUGAGCCGGUAGCUCCCCUGGGGGUUUCCAGACCGUUGGGUCAUGUUGAUUUCUACAUCGGCAGAGGAUAUCAUCUCCCUGGUUGUCCUCAGGCUCUCAUGAAAAGGGAGCAGUACUUGCUGUGCAGUCACCAACGGGCCUAUAGGUUGUUCAUCAGCUCCAUCCGGUCCUCCUGCCCUCUCACAGCCUUCCCCUGCCAGGGAGUAGAGGACUUCCAGAGGGCUCUCUGUACACACUGUCACCACCCUGGCCUCAACAUCUGCCCUCAGCUGGGCUACGACAUCAGCUGGCUGCCUCCAGAUCGACCAAUCACCUUCCAGCCCCUGACCGCGGUCCUGGACAUCACAGCAACGGACCCUUUCUGCGUGACGCCGUUCCUGUUGGAGGUGCACCUGGAGGGAAACACCUCAUUAGAAGCCCAGCUAUUUAUUCAGUUGAAGGGAGACGUCAGGAAAACACCUGUCAUGUUGGUGUCCGGUCCUUCCCUGAUGCAGUUUGAGUCUCAUCAGAUACACCAGUUCGUGGUUUCCGUACGUCACACUGUUCAGAAGUUCAGAAGCAUAGCACUUCACUUCUACUCUCAACGCCUCCUGUACUUGGCCUGGAGGAAGAGACGGAUUCACAUCAGUCAUCUAGUCCUUACACAACUACCCAGACACCAGGGGCUGGUAUCUUACAGGACUCGGAGUGUUACCGCAGUGGAGAACCACAGAGUGGACGUGUAUCUGCAGAAGGAAGAGUGAAGAGUUUGAAAAGUUUGGUCGUUCAUAUUUAUUUUCAGGGAGGUCAAAUGCUGGGCUGGGUAAUCAGAAAAAUAACCAUUAAA